GCGCCAGACCGAAGAGUGCGGAUUCGAGAGCGGCCCUUGGGUCUCUCAAUUUUUGGCUCAGUCGCAGGGCAGCUUUUGUGGCAUCCACACCACGAGUUCCAAUCCGAAAUAGGGCUCCGAGCUCCGAGCCCAGUUUAAUGUGGGUGUAGACCUACUCUGGGCGCAAGUAAACAAUGCCCUGCACCAAGCCAGUGGCAUAGUGCGAAUCGAGCGAGUUUCCGGACCUCGGAGGUCAUAUCUUCCCUUCUAGCGGCAGCCAGAUCAAGUAUCUUCACAAGCAUAACUGCCGAGGAAACUCACGUGCGACAUUGUGGCAACAUGGAGAAGUCGUUUCCCAUAACACCCUGGAAGUACGGCCUACUGGUCACCUGCAUUCUGAUUGUGACGUGCAACGUGUUCUUCUUCUCCUGUGGUGUGACCACAUGGGGUUCGGCCGUCUCCGUCUACGGCAGCUAUGGGUCGGCACUUUGCGGAGGAGCAGUCUUCGGAGUCGCCUUCCUGGGCAUGUACGUGGCCUUGAAGGUGUCGUACAAGUAUUCCAUAUACUACCUAAUUUGCAGUGGCCUGGUUAUAGCCGCACUGGGCUCCUACCUCUUCACCUUCACGGCGAUGCGGGAGCAGCUGAUGGACAGGUUCGAGGAGCGCAUGCGCGAACUCUUCGAGCGGAAGACCCACAGCGACGACAAGAUGCAGCCGGUGCACAGCCUGUUCGGCUGCUGCGGCAUUGAGGGACCGCAGGACUACCUCCAGGAGGAGCACGGCGCCCUGCCCAGCAGCUGCUGCUACGCCUUCGACUGCUCCAAGCCGUCGCACGUCUACGAGGAGGGCUGCUCCACCAAGGCGGUGGCCACUCUGAGGAUGCAGGCGGAGCUCAACUACUACAGCUGCAUGGCGAUCAUUGCCCUCGAGUUCUUGGGCUUGUUCACUGCUUACCAUUUGGGCAAGGCUCGCAAGUAUGCCAAAACCAAGAUAAAGGACGAGGAGACCCCCAUCAACGACUGAUGGCCGAGGACACCCCUGCAUGAUUAUUGAUAAUAAAAAUUAACCAAAUUAGCUAAAAUGCCAUUAGAAAAUAAAUACUUUCCAUAGCCUAAACGA